AUAACAAUGUCUCAACCGGAGACUCUUUUCGGAUAUCCAACAUAUCCGAAAUUCAAACUUGGUGAAACUAGAUUCCCUCAAGACACAUUCCUUGGAAGAUAUCUUCAUUGUCUGGAUGUGAUUGAUCCGAGAACUCUUUUCGCUUCAAAUAAAAAACUCGAAGAAUCUCUCGAGCUUCUCGAUGCCUACAAAUCCGGGACUGCGCUCAACGUUCCAGACAAAGCCCUCUGGGAAGCUCAAAAACUAAAAUCCGCCGUCUUACAUUCAGAUACCGGAGAAAAAGUGUUUCCACCAUUUCGUAUGAGUGGUUUUGUACCAUUCGGAUGGAUUACUGUAACCGGAAUGUUGCUUCCAAACCCGUCUUGGCCUACUUUAUUGUUUUGGCAAUGGAUGAAUCAGUCUCAUAAUGCGUGUGUCAAUUAUGCCAAUAGAAAUGCCACACAGCCUCAACCAUUAUCAAAAUAUAUCGGAGCUUAUGGAGCAGCUGUUACAGCAGCUUGUUCGAUUUCUGGAGGGUUGACCUAUUUCAUCAAGAAGGCUUCUUCAUUGCCACCAACUACAAGACUCAUUAUUCAGAGAUUCGUCCCUCUACCAGCCACAUCCCUCGCCUCAUCACUCAAUGUCAUCUGUAUGCGUUGGAAUGAAAUGGAGACCGGAAUUGAAGUUUACGAAAAAGGCACUGGAAAAGUUGUUGGAGUAUCGAAGGCCGCUGCAAAGCAAGCUGUAACUGAUACAACAUUGGUGAGAGCAUUCCUCCCGGUUCCACUUCUUCUGAUGCCCCCGUGCAUUAUGCCGUUUUUGGAGAGAUUCAAAUGGGUCACCAAAACCCAAGUUCGUCACAUUUUCGUCAACGCCAUCGUGUGCACCCUAUCGUUUGCCGUCAGUUUGCCAGUGGCUCUUGCUCUGUUCCCACAGGAAAGCGCUGUAAGUUUUCUAAAGAUACUUUACAAUGUCAUCAAUAAAAUCUCAAUAUUUCAGAUUUCGCGAGAACUUUUGGAGCCAGAGAUUCAACAGAAAACCAGCCAAUCACAACUUUAUUAUAACAAGGGUCUAACCCUGCUACUAGCUGUUGAACGCUAUUUCGCCACAAUCUGGGUGGCAAGUUAUGAAUCCAAAAAGUACAAAUCGGUAUCUUUUUUAUUAGUUGGUACUAAUAUUGUUGCUGGUUUCAUAGCUUCAAUGGUAUUUCAUUAUGAACUUCUGUUCAAUUUGAUAUCGGUAGUAUCACUUGGCCUGUUUCUAAAUAUCGUCUCAAUUUUAUUAUUUUGGACACUUCAUAGUUUGAACAAAACGAAUAUGGAAGUUUGUCAGAAUAGAGAUAUCCAGCAGUCUUACACAUUGAGUUUGAGAUUUCAGCUGAAUGAAAAUUUGAAAAUUAUGAAGUGGCUUCAAAACUGCAUUCUUGUCGUCACCGUCUCCAAUACUCUUCUUGCUGGAUUUUUAGUUGUUUCCAAUCAUGCUCACCUCAAAGAAAACUAUCCAGUUUUGGUGAAAUAUUGUCACUCAUUUUUGAAUUUCGGAAUAGCUGUAUACGCACAAGUGGCUUUCUGUGUGUGCGCCCUUGCUGAUCGAAAUUUCCGACAAUAUUUCCUUCGUUUUGAAAUCAUUCGAAUUUUCCUGAAACCAUUCUUCGGAAGAAUUUUCCCAGAAGAUUUCAAAAUCAAGGAAACGUUAUCGACGAGUGAAGAAACAAAUGUCUAUUUUUCGAAAUUAAGCUUGCAGUGGGACGAUACAAUGAUGAAAAAUGUGAAAGGAGUCGUGAAGAAGCGAAAGAAGUUU